UUGCCUUUGCACCCCCUUCAAAAGCACCUGCUUGGCAGGGUGAUUAAUUUAUUUAAGAACAAAAACGGGGUCUGUACCCGCCUACACUGCGGGGUUUACACCUAGAGGGGUCAUCCGCCCCAGGCACUGCUCGAAGGACCGCGACACCGAGGCGCAAGGAUUUGUAGAAGGUCUGGCUGCGAGGUCAGGGAUCCCGGCUUGCCUUCGGUCGGUACCUUCCCUUAGGCGCGCUAGCUAGCGUGGGGCUCCGUCUGAAACCUUUCUUCCCUCCCCCCUAACCCCCUAUAAAAGUCCAGGGCGGCGCGGCGGCGGCACUGCUGCUCUCCCGGCCUUCUGCACUGCCCGGCCCGGUCCGGCCCGCCACGUCUGGCCAGCUGAGCAGGCCCGGCUGCACAGCGCGGACACCUUUUCUCGGCUCCGGGCAGUCAGUGCGGGGCGGCACGCUGGGGGCGCGGCGUGUCUGGGGACAUCUUGUGAUGUUGGCGAGAACAGGACAUGAUCUCACAUGGCGAGAAGCUCUUUAGUUCCUUAAUCAUUUCACGGUGCCUUCGGACGCUUUUUUUCCACCUAAAACGUUUAGUUUCAGCUCAGUGAUCAGCUACCCCAGCUCGGCGGGGGAGCGGAAGGCUUGAAUUAUUCCGACCUGUGAGCGGCCCCUGGCACCAAAAAAAACAAACAAACAGGAAGCACAAAAAAGUGGAAACUUUUUUCCUCUGUCCAUAUCGUCAAGUUCUGAAAAAUCAACAUGGAUUUAGAGAAAAAUUACCCGACUCCUCGGACCGGCAGGACAGGACAUGGAGGAGUGAAUCAGCUUGGGGGGGUUUUUGUGAAUGGACGGCCACUCCCGGAUGUAGUCCGUCAAAGGAUAGUGGAACUUGCUCAUCAAGGUGUCCGGCCCUGCGACAUCUCCAGGCAGCUUCGGGUCAGCCAUGGUUGUGUCAGCAAAAUUCUUGGCAGGUAUUAUGAGACGGGGAGCAUCAAGCCUGGGGUAAUCGGAGGAUCCAAACCAAAGGUCGCGACACCCAAAGUGGUGGAAAAAAUUGCCGAGUAUAAACGCCAAAAUCCCACCAUGUUUGCCUGGGAGAUCAGGGACCGGCUGCUGGCAGAAAGGGUGUGUGACAAUGACACGGUGCCCAGCGUCAGUUCCAUCAACAGGAUCAUCCGGACAAAAGUACAGCAGCCACCCAACCAGCCGGUCCCGGCUUCCAGUCACAGCAUAGUGUCCACAGGCUCCGUGACGCAGGUGUCCUCUGUGAGCACGGACUCAGCUGGCUCCUCGUACUCUAUCAGCGGGAUCCUGGGCAUCACGUCCCCCAGUGCUGACACCAACAAGCGCAAAAGAGAUGAAGGUAUUCAGGAGUCUCCAGUGCCAAAUGGUCACUCACUUCCGGGCAGAGAUUUCCUCCGGAAGCAGAUGCGAGGGGACCUGUUCACGCAGCAGCAGCUGGAGGUGCUGGACCGCGUGUUUGAGAGGCAGCACUACUCGGACAUCUUCAGCACCACGGAGCCCAUCAAGCCCGAGCAGUGGUGCCCCGUGCUGAUGAGACAAUACUUGGUGCAGCCCCAGGCAGUCCUUUUCCAGACUACUGACUACUCAGCUAUGGCCUCUCUGGCUGGAGGGCUAGACGACAUGAAGGCCAGCCUGACCAGCCCCACCCCUGCCGACAUCGGGGGCAGCAUGCCGGGGCCACAGUCCUAUCCCAUUGUGACAGGCCGUGACUUGGCGAGCACGACCCUCCCCGGGUACCCUCCACACGUCCCCCCCACCGGACAGGGCAGCUACUCAGCUCCGACGCUGACAGGGAUGGUGCCUGGGAGUGAGUUUUCCGGGAGCCCUUACAGCCACCCUCAGUAUCCCUCAUACAACGACUCCUGGAGGUUCCCCAACCCGGGGCUGCUCGGCUCCCCGUACUAUUACAGCGCCGCCGCCCGAGGAGCCGCCCCGCCUGCAGCCGCUGCUGCCUAUGAUCGUCACUGACCCUCGGAGCCAGGCAGGCGCCAAGUACUUAAGACACAUAUCACUGAGGGCGAUAGCCUCCCAGUCCCUUCUGAAGACAGCCAAGGGGCCCAAUCAGACGGUGCCCAGCCACCCCCCCACUUGUCUGAAGCUCCUUUCCCCACUUUUCCUGCCAGGGACUCGGGGGUUCUAUGGCAGGGCUGCUGGACUUGCAGACACAGGUCCACCUCUAAUCAAUCAUUGAGCUUCUUCCCAAUGACGACUGGGUCUCCACAAACCAACAGACUGUUCUGCAGAUAGCUGCAGCUCCCACCCAGCCUGCCAGUCCCCCAGCUGUCUGACCACCCACUGUCUUCCUGCCCCAGGCCUGGGAAGGAGGGAGAGCUUGCUUUUGUUGCUUCAGCAGCACCCAUGUAAAUACUUUCUUGCUUUUUUGUGGGCCUGAGGGUCCAACUGAGUGGACUGCCCACCCAUUACACAUCCAGCACUCCUGAUGCGUCACAGGACAUCUCAGACCUGUGCACAGAGGAGCCCCUCUGCCCCGGGUGACCUGCAGGUGGGCUUAGAGCUGUCUUUGAGACUGACGAUGCCCACCUCAGGGCCCAGCGUCCUGUUCACUGCUACUUGUUUAUUCUCUGGACUAGGAGUCCCACUGGGGUGUUUAUGCUCCAAGAGACCCUCCCUCCCCAAAAUCCCUCCCCAAGAGAAACACACUUUGGGGAGAUGCCCCAGCUACCUGCCUCUGUUUCCCUGGGCCUAAUGCAGUGCAAGCAGCUCUUUUCCACAUCAAAGGACUCAAAGAGAACCAUCUGUGAGAUUCCUCAGCUACAGUUCUAAAGUAAGAUAUUGUCUAUUGUGGACUUUGAACAUCAGGGCUGGAUGGGACCCAGGAGAUCACGGUCCAAGGAAGGGCCUAAGCCUUUCUUGAUGCCCCAGACCCUGGAACCGCUGAACUGAACUGGGAUGUGUUUUCUGAGGCACUCCCAGGCCCAAAUUACAUUGGACAGCCGCCAUGGACACUUCUCCCACCCUCCAGGAUGCCAGCGGGUGGGUUCUGGGCAAUCUGUCCCUACCAUGUAUACAGUGAUUAACAAAGAGGACUUUCCCUGCACUGAGGACCACAAACACCUGCGGCAGUCAGCCAGAAGCCCCUGGUCUGCCCCUCCCUGUCCUUGUGGAGCCUCGAAUGCAGCUGGGAUGGAGGUGCUAGGUGGGGGCGGAUGCCUCACCUUGUGUAGUAUGUAUCUACCUGUGGAUGCAAGGGGCCAUGAUGGUCAAGGCCACGGCCAAGGGCCCUGGGAGCCUGGAGGGGAGCUUGGAAAGAGCCACCUGGGAGGAUCUGGGGGACAGAGGAAGGCCUCCAGGAAGAGGAGCGGGACUGGCAGUGAGGAACUUGUGUGUGAACUGUGAGUGGCUUGAGAUGGGGCUGCUGGGCCCACCAUGUCUUUGCCUGGGGCCUCGAUUCUUGUCAACUCAAAACAGCCAGGUGGAGGCCCCAUCCAAAUCUGGGCUGAAUUACAGCAAUGACAGUGGACUUUGCCAUCUCAUGUGAUAGUGUCCCCAAUGUUGAAAUGUCACCAAGUUGGCAAAGAGCUGGGGCAGAGAGAGCCCCCACUUGAGGUUAUCAGGCCUGAGAGGUCUUGUCCUGGUCACACCUCUGCCUUGCUGUGGGACCUCAUACAAGACCCUCCACCUCUCUGAGCCUCAGCUGCCGUGGUACAGCAGGGUCACCUGAGAGCUCCCUGCUUCCCCUCCCCUCUCCCAGGAUGCUGGGUCUGCAGCAGGCUCCUCUGGGGCAGGCUUUCCUCUUCAAAGCAAGCACAAAGGGGCGGGCGCCAGAGUCCUGCUAAUAUGUGGACCAGACAGGACAUCAGAACAGCCAGAGGGCAGGGAGGCAGCUUUGCAGAAGACUUAGUCCAGCUCCCCUCAGGGAAAACAGCCCAGCUUGGGGAAGCCCGGAGCCAUGCAGGGAGACAGAGCAGACCUCUUCUACUUACCACCAAGUGUUCUCCUCACACCACUCCUACAAGGUGGUGGGCCAGAAGAAGAAACUGACGUUCAGCAAGGUAGAGUUCCCAAAUAGUGACUGGCAGAGGUGGGGCUGGAAUUCAGUCCCCUGAGCCCUGGCACAUGGCUGAUCUUCCCUUCCCUGGAGAGCGAAGUUGACAGUGAGGGUAGUGGGAGAUGGUUCUGGACCCACUGCCCAGACGGGGUGUCCUGGGCUGUGGGAACUGCUGAGAAGACCCCCUCCCCGAGGGUGGGGGGGCAGGAGCCAGUCUGCUCACUGCUGGCACACCCAGCCCGUGGAGCCUGCUGGGCAAGGAAGGGAGCUGGCUGGGGCUGGAGCCCACCUCUGGAGUUGGGCUGAUCUGGCUCCAGCCUCCCUCUGCCAGGCAGGGUGGACAAGGUAUGCUGCCUAGCCUCUCCCGGCCUCCCUCUCUCCCUUUGACAGGAAGGGUAGGGUCAGAGUGUGCAGCACAGGUCUCCUGGCCUCCUGCACCCACAUCUCUAGGUGCUGGUCCCUCCUUGUGGUCUCAGGCUGCUGGAAGAAGGUCAGCCUUACCUGAACUGCCUGCCUAAAGUGCACACCAUCCCUCCUCGGCAAAGCUCACCUGGCCCCACGUGUGCCCCUCCACCCAUCCUGUGCCUCCUCCUGCCCUGCACUGAGUCUCUUCCAUGCCCUUCCUCUCUCCCCUGAGGUU